UACACCUUGUCAUGCUAACAGAGCUAACGUCGAUGGAGUCCGAAAAGUUUGAUAUGCAUGUGUAACCGCGAUAUUAACUAAAUCGGGUGAAGAUGGAAGCUGGAGAUUCAGAUAAAACCAACACUGAUCCACCGAGCAGGAGAGUGACAAGACAGUCGACAAAAGAUUCUGGUAUUGUCUUGAGACCAAGAGAGCCUUUGAAGAGAACGCGGAGAGAUGCUGUACCGCCAAGUGGUGCUGCGGUCAAUGGAUCCGAGAUCCGAGAUAGACUACCGAGCACUGAUGAUGAUGAGCCACUUAAGAAAAGGCGAAGCCUGCAGUCGGCAGAGGAGGAAGAUGCUACUGACAAUGAAGAUGACAUGGAAGUGAAAGAGGAUGGAGAUGAGCCGGAUUCUGAUAAGGAUAAAGAGACCAGUUCAGGGGCGCUGCAGCAUGAUCUCAUAAGGGAAUCAUCGGUCCGACUGAUCCCGCUGAAGAGUGUACCCCAAAGCACAGAGGGGGUGUUUCAGUUGGAGCCACCGGAGGCCGCAGUGACCCUGAGGAGUCGCAGGUCCAUUCACCCGACAAACUUGAACAUCGAGCCCACCAAACACAGCACAGGGUCUUCAAAAAGAGGCUCUGGUGCUUCUCUACACAUCCCCACCAGACCCAAGACAGACAGCAGGACUGAAGGUCAAACGGCGCAAAGCAUCCAGCAAGACAUCCAGCAGUAUCACCGCAAGCUGCAGGACGGGCUCCCAGUCCCAGAUCAUGUUGACUUUGCAAGAAGUAGUCGACGAGGUAUGAGUCACAACCAGACUUCAAACAACAUUGUCCAAAAUGCGAAACUGGAGAAAAAAGCAGCAUUGACAAGAGUGUUGCCUAAAGGUAAACCAAGCCAAGCCAAGGCUCCAAGUAAAGGUGCUGCAAGUCGUAUCUGUACGGUCAUCCUGUGGCUUUUCCUCCUCUGCGUCUCCCUCUCGGUAGCCGUGCUGGGCUACCAGAGGGUUCCGUGGUCAACCCUCAUCAAACGAGCGCCAUCACAACCCGCUUCCCCCGACCCCUCGCUGGACGUCUUCUCCAGCCACAUGACGGCGCUGCAGCAGCAGUUUCGGAGCCAGCGGAACGAGUUCUGGAGGCGCAGCGGCAUACACCUUCAGCGCCACCUGCAGACGGCCCAACCCUCUGAGCCGGUCAGCCUGAUCCUGACCGGGGGCCGUGGGGCCGAGAGGACGCUGAGAUGCCUGGCCGCAGGCCUCGCGUCGGCCUUCUCCUCUGCGACUAAUGGCUCUGUGCUGGAGCUGGACGGAGCGAGUCUGGCUGACAAGGACGGCAGUCAGGUGAAGCUGGACCUGGACAACCAGCUGAAAAAAGCCUUUGAGGGCGACAAGCCGGCCGCCGUCAUCCACCGUCUGGAAGAGCUGCCGCCGAGCUCCACGCUCAUCUUCUACCGCUACUGCGACCACGAGAACGCCGCCUACAAGGAUCCUCUCCUGGCCUUCACUGUGCUCCUGCCUGAGGACGCCGUGGAUCCCAAGGCCAGCCUCCAAGAGGUGGAGGAGAUGGUGCACAGCCACAUCCACGAGAGGUUCUUGGUACCCGACCAGCCCGACACCUUCGACAAAAUGGACGUGAACAAGCUGAGCGGGCUGUGGAGCCGCAUCUCCCACCUCGUCCUGCCUGUGAACUCGGAGGAGCACAUCGAGGAAGGCGGCUGUGACAGGAACUGAGCGAACCAGAGGAAAGCGAAAUGAAGAAUCACAGUCGAAAUGUGCUCAGGAAGCUACUUGCACUGGAGUUACCCCAUACAAGAUCUGGUCCACAGCUACCCCCGUAUGUGUGUGUGUGUGUGUGUGUGUGUGUAUGUGUGUGUGCGUGUGUGUGUGUGUGUGUUUUUUAAUGCGUGUUUGAUGAAGAUAAUUUGCAGGAGUGUCCAGGAAUGAUCUCUGAUUGAUGAAAGUGGAUACUACACUGAGCUUUUGGUACCUAAUGCUCGGGUGUUUAGGGUCCCAGCUAAAAUGUGGGUUUGCUGGUUUGUCUCAUCACCGAUUUAAGUAUAUGAGCUAUGAAGCCAUGAUACAAGAUUUUGUAUUUGUGACGGAUGCAGUGCCGGACUAUGUGAAGAUCAGACUGCAAAAACACGGACCUCCCAUGCAGUUAGCGCAUGCUCUCAGAAAGGGCUGGUGGCUGACUUUUUGUUUUGGCUGACAGUUUUAAGGAUGCGUAAAGCAUUGAAAGGAAAUAUUUUCUGAUCUUGAUGACUGUGGAUAAAGGACCUUGUGUUUUAAAAUCAGACCCAAAGGUUUUUAUUUCAUAAAUUGUUUAUGGACCUUAAUGAACAACAAAUAUUUUUGUCUCUCUGUGUUGUGUUUGUGUUUUGAAAUUACUUCAUGCUUGUAUGUUUCUUGUUCAUGACAUCACUUUUGUAAGGGACUAUACAUAAUGUUCUGAAACAAUACAUUUUCAUAAUCCAUUUAUUGAUUUCAUUCCUUAUUGUAGUCCUCAGAUCAGAGUAGUUAUACUCAUAAGUUCAUGCUCAGUUCAUUGAAAAUUGUUGUGCCGUUUUCUAGCUCUACCAUUCCAGUGAAUCUCCACUCUUCCAAUUCCCUUCUCCUGCACUGAUUCAUCCUUGUUUUUAGAAGGUCAAAAGGCCAGAUGUUUUGGAAGAAUUUAGGCUGCGUUUUGUGAAAGAUUUACUUUGUUAAUGCCAUUGAGUUUGUUCAUUAAAAAAAUACUGUAUAUUUGUAAAA